AUGAACCCUCCUCCCGCAGCAGGCUCGUCGACGGCCGCUCCGCCAACUCUACCGCCUGACAUAACGACCGAUGCCGAGUACUUCCACGACCUGCAUGCCGGCCCAUUCCGCCGCCCCUUCCUGUGGAUGAGUACGCUCAGCAAAGAAGACAAAUGUCAACUGUACGACGACGUUCGCGCAUUACUGGCGAAUGAUGACCUCGACGGGUCGGUGCAGAAGCUUCUCCACGCUGCUGGACCCGGUGCCACCUACCUUGACCUCGGCUCCGCAGAUGAAGUGAAUUCGGGAGUCAACAGACCCCUUGUUACCCAUCUGCACACCUUCAAGGUCCUCGAGGACGUUUACAACCAUCACCGUCGUCCGCCGUCCGACCCCCUCCAUCUUCCACGCUUGCCGCUUACACUUAACUACUUUUCGGCAGACGAGCAUCAACACCGCUUCUCUCGCCUUGUUGAUCUAUACAUUGUGCACAACAACGGCCUCCUGUUCAACCCGGCCAGAUUCGUCAUGUCCUUGUAUGAAGUCAAACAUGGCAAACCAGACUUCUAUGCAUACUACCCGGCGGGGAACGGCGGUACCUUCUACGACGGCAUGCACCUGCCCGACGGUGUUCGCGCUUCGCGUUCUUCCAUGCAGAGGGCAGUGUUCGACGCAAUGCGGUCAAAAGGUCUCCCCCUCCCCGAUCUUCCAACUGGUGUCCCCAGUGGCGUAAAGGACAUGCUUUACCGAGGCCCUGGCGGUGUGAAGGAUCUCGCAGUCGUUGACGACGACACCCGCAAGGAGGUCGAAUCAUUCAUCAAGCGAAAGAACGCAGAGGGCCACUCUGGCACCAUCCUACACGUUUCCCUCGCAUUCGAGUAUGGCGUGCGUGCCAACACAAUCAACAGCGGCGGCCGCCAGCUUGUCACGUCGCGUCAGAAUGCUCAAGGCAAGCGAAAUGGUCUUUAUGGCACCCAGUUGAGCACGGCGAUUACCGAGCUCCGCCAACGGUUCGAAAAUGACAACAUCCACAAGAAUCUCGCCCUUGACAAGCGCUUCAACUUCUCCCAAUAUGAUCUCGACGAGAUGCUUCAGGUAAAUUUGGACAAGUAUGGCAUCAUCGAAGGCCCUAUCCGCGAACACAUGAUCGCCCAUGCACUGGCCAAGGGCUGCGUCCACGAGGGCUAUGAGCGCUCCAUCGCCAAAAUGGCUCAAACGGGCCUCGUCACUGGUGUGUGGGCCAUUGACCCCCUCGAAUUGGACGACAACAAUCCCUUCGUGUGUGCGUACCAUUGGAAGGCCACCACUUUCCUUAUCCACCCCGAAUGCUUGGGUCUCGACAAGGUUGUAGCCACAGCCCUGCUCAAGAAAAAGAACAAGGACUUCCUCUUCAACGUCGUCAAGGGCGGAGCUGAGGCUAUUGCCAAGGGCGAGGUGUAUUGUAUCGACAGCAGACGCAACUAUCUCGUCGACUGUGCCACCUGUGGACAGCCGUGCGCGGGAAACAAUACGCAGUCAAGCAGCCGAGACCUCAACAAGCACGGAUAUGUCGAUUCGGACCAGGAACCAUGCUGCCGGUCCUGCUUCACCAACACUUACAAUGGACUGGACGUAUCUCCUACACGCUUUCAGGAGAUGUAUCCCAGUACCGGCGCCGACAUUCUCGACCGUGACCUGCUGGACGCCACCUCCAAAUCUCUGUUUGACGUUAUCGCGGCCAACAGGGGUGAUAUGGACACGAUUGAGACCGCGUUCCUGAACGCAUCAGUGAGCCUCUGCCACUCUGUUGCUCCGCGCCCGAUAUCUGUUAGCAUUGCCCGCCAUGUGCUGCACAGGCAUGUCACAACGAAUAUGGCGCCGUAUGCCAGGGCUCGAGCCUUCAUUGAGAGGUACAUGUCCGCCUAA